AGCACCAGAAAAAGGAAGAGCAAGGGAAAAGGAUGAGAUCGCAAACAAAGAUGACUGCAAAUGAGCAAUCAACCAAUGGGCACCAACUUCCGUAUGAGCGCGAUUUCGAAGCUCAAAAGAAAGAUGUUAUGGCAGUACUAAAUCUAUUGCAGAUGAAACGGGAACCAUUAGACCAUGGAACCACAGAAGAGUUGAACGAAAUGAUGAAUAAGACCUUGGGACGAAGAAGGCGCAACAUUGAAGCGACGAAUAGGAUAAAAUCCAAGUCCAAACAAUGUUUAGGUUCCAAAGAUCACCAACACUUGGAAGACAUGGAUAAGGAGAAUGCAAGAAAAAGGCGAAAAAUCGAGUUCAUAAAUGAAAAAUUCGAGCCCGAAAGAUGCAGUUCCAAUAUGAAGAAAACUAUUGUUUAUCAGUGCCCGAAUAUUGGGAUGGGUUCAGAUGGUUGUGUCCUUCCUGAUUUGCCUCCAAUACCCGAAAUUCUAAACAUUAUUGGGAAAUGCAGCAGGCCUUUCGAGAAACAAUUGACAUUUUCCGAUUUGGAAAGGUCUCAAAACAGGCUCAAUUUCAACAAGGAAUAUGUACAAGGUGCCCUAAUGCCAGUCUUAAAAGCAGGAGAGGAGGAUCUGAACGUUGGAAUUCCGGUAACGGUAUUCGAUUGUCGAGAUAAAAGAUAUUCAAUGAGAUUGAAGUGUUGGGAUAGAGCUCAUGCUUUGAAUGGAGGAUGGAACCAGUUCGUUGAUGAUCGGAAAGAGCUUAAAACUCCAUUUGAGAAAAAUGUGGAUUGGGUUACUGUGUGGAUUUUUAGGCACAAAAUAAGUGAUGAACUUUGCGGUGCUAUUACUUCAAGAAGGUUGGAUACAAAGGAUCCCAUCAAACGAAAUAGGAAAACUGUUGUCCAUCAUCAAGCCCUAAAAUCUUAG